GCAAAGGCGGGGGGGGCGUGCCCAAAUACGUCAUUUCAAAGAGAGCGGGGGAGAUAGGGAGAGAGGGAUGGAGGCUUAUGGAGAGAGAGAGAGAGACAGAGAGACACAGAGACAGAGAGAGAGAGAGAGAGAGAGAGAUUAACAGUGAGUAGGAGGCAGGCGCAGUAGCAGACUCCUAUAUCCGCCUGACGGAGACGGACGGUGCCAGCUGCUAGCUACGUUAGCCACCGUUAGCAACUAGCUUAAGAGUCGUCGCACGUUUUGCUACAUAUGAGCAAGAGAGAGAGGGAGAGAGAGAGUGUGUGUGAGUGACAGCGUGUGUGUGGCUGUGUGUGUGUGUGUGUGUGUGUCGACGCUUUUAGCGCGCGACUGGCCGUCCCGAAGUCACCCUUCCGUGUGUGUGUGCGCAAAAGUGCUCGUGUGUGUGUGUAAACCCAAGGAUCUCCCUCCUUCUCUUCCUCUCUGCAGCGUGUGUGAGUGUAAGUGAGUGUGUGUGUGAGUUUAGCAGGACAAGAAGCACACACACACACACACACAUAUAAACACAGUGUGAUAUUCCACUGUAUACACUCGGUGUCCGGUUACUUGACAGAGGAUUCACGGCAGCAUGAUGUUGAUUAGAUACGCUGCGGUCCAAGGCGGCCUCAGCCUGUUGGCCGUGAGGCGCGUGUGUCUUCUGUCCCGCUUUGCCCACUCGGCCCCGCAGAAUCAGUAUCGACCAAUCAAGAAGGUUAUGGUGGCCAAUAGAGGUGAGAUUGCUAUCCGUGUGUUCAGAGCCUGCACUGAACUGGGGAUUCGAACCGUUGCCGUUUAUUCUGAGCAGGACACUGGGCAGAUGCACAGGCAGAAGGCGGACGAGGCUUACCUGAUUGGGAAAGGCCUGCCCCCUGUCGCUGCCUACCUGGACAUCCCUGACAUCAUCAAAGUAGCCAAGGAAAACGAUGUGGAUGCCAUCCACCCAGGUUACGGUUUCCUCUCUGAGCGUGCAGACUUUGCCCAGGCCUGCGCUGAUGCAGGAGUGAUGUUUAUUGGGCCGACCCCAGAGACGGUCCGUAAGAUGGGGGACAAGGUGGAGGCUCGCUCCCUGGCCAUCAGAGCAGGUGUACCCGUGGUCCCAGGAACAGAUUCCCCCAUCUCCUGCCUGAACGACGCGCAGGUGUUUGCCCAAACAUACGGCUUCCCCAUCAUCUUCAAAGCAGCCUAUGGAGGUGGUGGCCGAGGGAUGAGGGUGGUCAGGGAGUACGAGGAACUCGAGGAGAAUUACCAGCGGGCCUACUCUGAAGCCCUGGCGGCCUUUGGGAAUGGAGCUCUGUUUGUCGAGAAGUUUAUUGAAAAGCCACGACACAUUGAAGUACAGAUCCUUGGUGAUAAGUAUGGUAAUGUCAUCCACCUCUACGAGAGAGACUGCUCCAUUCAGCGAAGACACCAAAAGGUGGUGGAGAUUGCGCCAGCCUUCCAGCUGGACCCUCAUCUGAGAGACAGACUUCACGCUGAUGCUGUCAACCUGGCCAGACAGGUGGGAUACGAGAACGCUGGGACCGUGGAGUUCCUGGUGGACAAACAUGGAAAACACUACUUCAUUGAAGUCAACUCCCGACUUCAGGUUGAACACACAGUCACAGAAGAAAUCACUGAUGUGGACCUGGUGCAUGCCCAGCUGCGUGUGUGUGAGGGCCGCAGCCUGCUGGAGCUGGGCCUCAAGCAAGACAAGGUCAGGGUAAACGGCUGCGCCAUCCAGUGCAGAGUGACGACUGAAGACCCAUCCAGAGGCUUCCAGCCAGACACCGGCAGGAUUGAGGUCUUCCGAAGCGGCGAAGGCAUGGGCAUCCGUCUGGACAGUGCCUCGGCCUUCCAGGGAGCCAUCAUCUCGCCCCACUACGACUCCCUGCUGGUGAAAGUCAUUGCCAGCGGGAAGGACCUGCAGACAGCGUCCUCCAAGAUGAGCCGUGCCCUGGCCGAGUUCAGAGUACGAGGGGUCAAGACAAACAUCCCGUUCCUCCAGAAUGUUCUGUCCAACCACCAGUUCCUCCACUCCACCGUGGACACCCAGUUCAUCGACGAGAACCAGGAACUGUUCAACCUCAAACCCACUCAGAACCGAGCCCAGAAGCUCCUGCACUACCUGGGUCAUGUGAUGGUAAAUGGACCAACUACACCCAUCCCUGUCAAGGCCAAGCCCUCCUCCACAGACCCUGUCAUUCCUCCUGUCACCAUGGGCGACCCUCCAGUAGGUUUCCGUGACGUGCUGCUGCGUGAUGGUCCCGAAGGAUUCGCCAAGGCCGUGCGCGCCCACAAAGGUCUGCUCCUAAUGGAUACCACAUUCAGGGACGCUCACCAAUCGCUCCUGGCAACAAGGGUUCGGACCCACGACCUGAAAAAGAUCUCGCCAUUUGUCAGCCACAACUUCAGCAACCUUUUCAGCUUGGAGAACUGGGGAGGUGCAACCUUUGACGUUGCCAUGCGCUUCCUGUCAGAGUGCCCAUGGAAACGUCUCCAGGAGCUGAGAGCUUUGAUCCCAAAUGUACCUUUCCAGAUGCUGCUGAGAGGGGCCAACGCUGUGGGCUACACCAACUACCCUGAUAACGCUGUUUUCAAGUUCUGCGAGGUGGCCAAGGAGAACGGUAUGGACAUCUUCCGUGUUUUUGACUCCCUGAACUACCUGCCCAACAUGCUGCUGGGGAUGGAGGCUGCAGGAUCAGCAGGCGGCGUCGUGGAGGCUGCCAUCUCGUACACGGGCGACGUGUCUGACCCAAUGAGGCAGAAGUACUCCCUGGACUACUAUGUGAAACUGGCAGAUGAGCUCGUCAAAGCUGGAACCCACAUCCUGUGUAUCAAGGAUAUGGCUGGCCUGCUGAAGCCAGAGUCCAGCAAGCUCCUGGUUCGUGCUCUGAGAGAGCGUUUCCCAGAUGUGCCCAUCCAUGUGCACUCACACGACACAGCUGGAGCCGCUGUAGCAGCCAUGCUGGCCUGUGCCGAGGCGGGAGCUGACAUAGUUGAUGUGGCUGUGGACUCUAUGGCUGGUAUGACUUCUCAGCCCAGCAUGGGAGCCAUAGUGGCCUGUGCCAAGGGGACUGAGCUUGACACUGGCAUCGCUCUGGAGAAAGUGUUUGACUACAGUGAGUACUGGGAAGUAGCCAGAGGCCUGUAUGCUCCGUUCGACUGCACUGCCACCAUGAAGUCAGGCAAUGCUGACGUCUACGAGAAUGAGAUCCCAGGUGGACAGUACACCAACCUUCACUUUCAGGCUCAUAGUAUGGGACUGGGGAAUAAAUUCAAGGAGGUGAAGAAGGCCUACACUGAAGCCAACAAACUACUGGGGGACCUAAUUAAGGUGACUCCGUCCUCAAAGAUCGUGGGUGACUUGGCUCAGUUCAUGGUGCAGAACAAUCUGACCAGGGCGGAAGUGGAGGAGAGAGCGGACGAGUUAUCCUUCCCCCUCUCUGUGGUGGAGUUCCUGCAGGGAUACGUUGGGAUACCACAUGGAGGAUUCCCCGAGCCCUUCAGAUCUAAGGUGCUGAAGUCUCUCCCCCGUAUUGACGGUCGUCCCGGUGCCACGCUGCCACCUCUGGACUUUAAGGCCCUGGAGGAGGGGCUGCGAGCUGCACAUGGCGACGAAAUCACCCCUGAGGAUGUGAUGUCAGCAGCCAUGUACCCUAAGGUGUUCCAGGAGUUCAAGGACUUUACUUCUAACUUUGGCCCAGUGGAUUGUCUCAGCACCAGACUGUUCCUGGAUGGACCCAAGAUCGCAGAGGAGUUUGAGGUGGAGCUGGAGAGAGGAAAGAUCCUCCACAUCAAGGCGCUGGCACUGGGUGACCUGAACAAGGCCGGUCAGAGAGAGGUCUUCUUUGAGCUGAAUGGACAGCUGAGAUCUGUGCUGGUUAAAGACACGCUCGCCAUGAAGGAAAUGAAGUUCCAUCCCAAGGCCCAGAAAUCUAUCAAGGGUCAAGUGGGAGCACCCAUGCCUGGAAAAGUCCUGGAGGUCAAAGUGGAGGUCGGAUCCAAGGUGGAGAAGGGUCAGCCGCUGUGUGUCCUCUCGGCGAUGAAGAUGGAGACUGUGGUCAACUCCCCGAUGGCCGGCACCAUUAAGGUAGUCCAUGUCACGGCUGACGCCUCCCUGGAGGGAGAUGACCUGAUACUGGAGAUUGAGGAGUAGAGAGGGCAGAGGGAGGGAGGGGGGAGGUUAGACAAUCUGAUGUGGGAAAUUGUGAGAGGUUGAGACUGUUAGGGGUGGAGCGGGACAGGAACCCUUUAAAGACAGAUCUCUUCUGUGGUACUGCAGGACAUUGUAACCUCCAGUUUGUAUAUAUUGUGUUCGGUUACACUGGACACACAAAAGAAGCACAGCUCUGCACUUGCCCUGAUGUGAGCUAAUAUGAAGAUGCUAUAUAAUAAUGAAUUUGACGGGAACUCCUGAUAAUGUCCAAGUUAAUUCCUGAGAUGUGGUGAUAAGUUCCAAACACAAUAUCACUCAGCACAUCUAAUGUCCUGUCAAGUUGUUGAAAACCCAUAUUUUAGAAUAAACACUCACUUUACAGUCUUAAAUGUGAUGUACUACAAUGAUCUAAUCUUGUGUAACAUCUAGUUUCCAUUUCUAUGCUGUAGAUGUUACCUAAUAUAUUCAAAGUGAAACUAUAUUAAUGACAACUUAAUGUUUUCUUCGUAAUCAGUAGGAUUCAGGCUGAGGAUGUUUUACCAAAUAAUUUCUUCAUAUGGGAACAAGACAUCAAUCAUAUCAAUCUCUGACUUAAGUCUCUGCAUUCUGGGAAUGUGUGAUCACCUUUAGACUCAUAUUCACCUUUGUGUGGACACAAACUUCAAAAGGUCACAUGGGGAGUGAAGAAAAUAAAUCACAUUAUUUUUGUCCAACCUGCUUUAAAUGAUAAAUAUGUGAUGAAUAUUUUCACAAUAAAAGCACAGCAAAGCAUAUGGCACUACUUCCCAUCGACAUGGAUACAGACAAACAUGCCAGAAUGUUAGACACUGUAUCACAGGGAAAAAUGGAUCCUGUUUGUAUUACUAUGAAAUGAUAUUUUAAACAUAGGCACACUAUGUUUAAAAUGUUUCCCCACUUGCGUCUGUCUUUGAAAUCUCGAAACAGAGGCAAGUUUAAAUGAAGCUGUAGGCCACAGUGGAAACACCAACACUGGAUCACAGACGUGAUUUUUACAAAGUAACUUGGUUUAAAUGUGUCUUUCUGAAUCCAAAGGCAGCGGUAAAGUGGCCCAACUAAACCAGUGGGGCUCAAUCAGAGUCUUCAAGUGGCUUCUGAGGCCUUUUAAAUCGUGCGAUGUUGGAAAAGUUGUGAGAGGAGCAGCUUCACUCUCUCUCCUCCUCAGCACAGGCAGAGAGAUCAUGGGGAAUGGUCUUCUGUCUGUGUGGGGAUUUUAAUGCAAGGUGUAAAUGGGAUUACAUGGUGGUGGAAUGGAGGCAUGUGGUGUUAUUUUCUGAGGCCCUGCUGAUUAAUUUAUGAAUUAAUUCUCUGUCAAAUGAUGUGAAAUUAGCCGGACUAAUAAGAGACUCUCGAGACUCCCAGUAGCAGCUCUCGGAUUUAUAGUUCUCAUGCCUGUUUGCAUAAAUGAGUCUGUGUUGAAGCAAAUUUUAAGACAAGUCCCUGUAAUUUUGCACCAUCAUAGCUGAAAUAUUCAGACACACGCAUUGAUGCACAACAUUCACACCGACACUCCUCGCCCUUGAGUGCUGCCUGGAUCAAACUAAAUACACUGCACAAUGAUGUGGCUGCUUCUCCAUAGUAACAGUAUUUAACAGCAAUGCAGCAGCAGCCCUAUCCUGUGGUCAGACGAGAUUGUUAAAUACUAAAAUUAAACUCAGAAGAUCAGACUCCACUAGCGUCCCGUUUAAACUAUCUGCCAGCCAAACUGAAUGUUCUGUGACCAGAGAAAGUAGACAACCCAGAACUGACAACAGCUUAUUUUUCCUAACGGUCUGUGUGACUUGGACAGGGCACAUUGAUCGAGACACACAAUUGAACUUGAAUCGGUUUGUACUGGAUCACUUCCUGAUUUUUUGGCAUCAUUACCUCUGAGUAUGUGACCCAUUUUGAACUAUGCAUCGAUAACGAGCAGCGACGCCAUACUUAAUUAGAACACUAGCUCUCCCAUGCCUCGCCUGCCUGGCUGCAACAUUCGGUGUGAGUCUUUUGAAAGUAGUGGGAGUGUUUGGGAGAGCUUUAAUGUACUGGUCCUUCCUGCUCUCUUUUUUUUUUUUUAGCUCAUCUCACUUAUCUGCUUUUCCUGCCUUUUCAUUUAGUUUUCCUCCUCAUCUCCCUCUCAUCCACUGUGUAAAUUUGCACAUGUAAGAUGUUGGUAUCAACUCAUGCAAUAAUGUUAACUGUAUUGCAGUGUUUCUCUAUGUCUUAGCCAGCAGCGAUUCCAAUAACUGUGCUUAUGACAAUGUACUACUAUUUAGUGUCUGGAGAUUAAAAAAAUAAAGAAUAAAUUAGACGGAAAGUUAUUUGUCAGAGCAGGGGAUGUUUCUUGAGCUCAUCUAAACGUAAACUGUCAUGUAGCGUAUGAGAAAUUUCUUUCUAUUGCUUUCAUUUUUGUGUUUUUUAUUAACUCAACCAAACAGUUUAUUCACUCUAACUUUUACGAAAAUGUCUGUUGAAUUUCUGUCAAAUUUUUUUAUUUCUUAAUAAUCAUAGUUUGAAAUCUUGAUUUGAAUUUAAUUUACUGAUGUAGUUUUACCUUUAUGUGGUAAAAGUUGUUGUUCAAGGAGCAGAGAGCACAAAAAAAGGGAAACUGAAACUAUCAAAUGAAAGCAACAGUUAUUCUUGUUCUGUCUUUACUUACAAAUAAAGUUAACCAACUGAA